CACAUUCGCUUCGCCUGACAUCAGGCGUGGGCAGUGGCUUCGUGUGCGAGGAGGACCACUAAGAAAACAACGGCGUCGGAUACCAGCCUGUGCAGAGCCAAGCCCGGCUACGACCAGCACCCUUGCGCCACCUCAAUUCACGAUUUCAAUUUCAACCACACUCGUCCAAGGGCAAAACUCCCACCAUCGUUUUCUCGACUCACAACUUAUGCGGCCGCACACGACGAAUUGUCUCCAAUCGCUCUAUCCGUUCUAGCCUGCAACCAAGAUCCCUCGCUCUGGCGGUCUGGUAGUCUAGCUUCGGUUGGUUACUGUGACGUCAAAGAGUCCACCCUCGACCGCCUCGAGCGCUACACGCUCACCAACCCUCCAAUAUGGUUGGCCCUCACAGCUCUUCCAAGGGCCGGUCAGAAUGGUUUGACAUCGAGGACGAUGACUUCGACGACCUCGCCAACUCGUCGCCAUUCUUUACACAACCAACACAGCCAGCGAAUCGCACUGGUGCGCACACCACGCAGCCAACGCAAAUCUUGGACAGGGCGGCGCAUGUUACCCAGCCCACACAGAUUGUGGGCAAGACGGACCAUACAACGCAGCCGACGCAGUUGCUAGAUCGCAAGGUCAUCCGCGAAUCGUCGCCAGUCGUGCCGAGCUCCCCCAGCGUGGUCGAAGUUCCGGCAUCCUCGCCCUUCCAACCGAAGACGACACCACCAAAUCAUGGCUCGAACGCGGCUCGCCCAUCAAUUGCCUCAGGCAGGAUAGCCUCCCUUAUGGCGCCAGCGGGCACAGCAUUCAGGGCACCAGCAGCGCCUGCGCCUGCGCCGACCCGUGCACCGGCGAGCCGGCAAUAUCUCGAAUUGUCCGACGACGAGAUCGCGAAGGACUACAAGCAUCAGGACAGCUCUGAUGACGAAGUCACCCCCAUGCGGGGAGACAUUCGUCCGUCCUUUGUCAAACGGGAUAGCGGAGUAGCUCAACCAGUCGUCGCAAGGCCCGUUGCUGCCAAGCCGCCUCCCAAGGACAUCUCGCUAAAUGAUAUUCCUAAUUUACGACUUCGUUACCUGACCAAGGAGGUCUUUCGAGCCGUGCACAAGGCAAGACCAAACAUUACCCUGCAAGCUUGCAAGGACGCCGUCCAGAAAGGAGGCUGGCAGGUCAAUGCAGCUGUCCAGUCCAUUAUUGGGACCUCCGGGUCAAAACCCGCACCAGUCUCAAGGAGCAAUAGCCAAUCUACCAACGAUGAAGGCAGUCAACCCGCAAGUGCAAAGAGCUCGUUCCAGUCCACCAUCUCUCAGUUUGCAUACAGCAAUAAGCCUAGCUCAACCACCACGCCGAGCAGCGAGUCGACCCUGUCGGCACCUCCUCGACGUCGCCUCAUGCAAGGCCGUAGGCAGCGCUCGCCUUCUCCGGCACAGGUCUUUUCUGUCUCGUCCUCGGCAACCUCGCCGCCUAGCAGUCCGGAUCAGACUUCUGCCGACCAACCUCAAGAACGUGCCAAGCCGGUCGCACCCAAACGACGACUGAUGCGCGGAAUCAAGUCGAAGGGCCAGUCUGCCAAGGUCGUCACCGUCGACUCAGAUUCGGAUCCAGUCGCUGCCAAAGUCACGUUGCCCUCACGGAAGCGCAAGGCUGAGCACGAUGCAGAGGCUUCUGAGGAUGAGCUUUCCAGAGCCGUUGCAGAUGACUCUAAUAGCGACGUCCUUGUGGUGAAUCCCAACGAGCAAAAAGUCCUCAAUUAUCUCAACUCUUGCUCAGCCGAAGAGCUGGGCCGCAUGACCGGCUUGCCAAACGAUGCCAGGCUGAUGGUUGAGGCUGCCCCUUUUAAGAGCCUGGACGCUGCCGAGAGAGUAUCCCGCAAAGACAAGCCGAAGUCCUCCCGGUCGAAGAAUGCCCGUACAGAGAUUGGCUCCCUUAUCGUUGAGAAGCUGUCGUCAUGGUUCGAAGCAUUUGAUGCUGCGGCUGUCGUCAUUAAGAAGUGCGAAGACCGCGGCGCCCAGCUGCAGGCGGCCAUGGCAAACUGGCCCAUGGACAGAAACGGCCGGAUGCGGUGUUCUCCCGGCCCAGAUGGGGAAGACUGCUCUGCUAUCAUGAUGCAGCAAAUGCCAGUUCCCACUCAGCCUGCGUUGAUGGAUGCCGAUGUGGUCAAGCUCAAGUCAUACCAGCUGCUCGGCCUCAACUGGAUGCAUCUACUGCACCAAAAUGGGUUCAGCGGCAUUCUGGCCGACGAUAUGGGCCUGGGAAAGACUUGCCAGGUCAUUUCAUUCAUCGCUCAUCUUGUCGGAACAUAUGACGAACAUGGCGGAGCGACGCGGCCUUGGCCAAACUUGAUCGUGGUACCACCCAGCACGUACGAGAACUGGAUCAACGAGUUUGAGCGCUUUGCGCCUGACAUCAGCCUCUUCCUGUACUCCGGAGCAGAGCGCCGCGAUACCGAACCUGAGGAUGUGCAGGAUUAUCACGUCGUCCUCACGACUUAUACUCAGAUCGAGCGGAAAGUCGAAGACUUGCAUUGGUUGCAGGGCCUGGAGCCGUACGCUGCCAUCUUUGAUGAGGGUCACAAGCUUAAGAACCCCAACACGAACGUCUAUAAGCAGCUUAAGAGGGUUCCAAUGGAAUGGCGGCUCAUUCUCAGUGGCACACCUGUGCAGAACAACCUGAAGGAACUGUUGUCGAUCUUGAGUUUUGUUGAGCCUAAUCUGUUCACGGAGAACGACUUUGGCCGCCUCAAGACCAUCUUCGAUGCCAAGGUCUUGAACAAGGACGUACACAACUUCGCUGCUCUCGCGAAGGAACGGGUUGGCAAUGCGCGGACAAUCAUGGCUCCUUUCAUUCUUCAGCGACGCAAGGCCGAUGUGCUCGAACUGGCACAGAAGACUGAGCGCAACGAGAUUGUGGGCAUGCAUCCCACGCAGAAAGCAAUCUACGACGAGAUCAAGGGGAGAUAUCUUAUUCCCAAAGGCACUGCCAAGAAAUCCGCAAUCAAGGAGUCGAAUCCAUGGAUGCAGCUGCGGAAGGCUGCUAUCCACCAUCAGCUCUUUAGAACACAUUUCACCGACGAGCGCGUCGAGAAAAUGGUCGACAUUCUGUGGCAGAAGUGUACCGAGGAGGAGUUGUGCAUUCAGAGCAAGGCCGAUCGGCAUAGGAAGCUCCUGCUCGAGGACUUUAUGGCCAAAUCCGACUUCCAGCUCCACCUGUGGUGCAAGGACUUCCCUAAGUACAUUGGAAAGUUUGAUAUUCCUGAUCGAUCUUGGGAAGAAAGUCCCAAGGUCAAGAAGCUGCUCGAACUGGUCCGUGGCUAUAUCGAGACCGGCGACCGCGUCCUCGUCUUCAGCCGGUUCGAGAUGGUCAUCGACAUCCUCCGCGAGACAUUUCACGGCUGCGAUAUCCCAUACUGCGAGCUCUCGGGUCGUACCUUGACGUCUGAUCGGUUCCCCGAGAUCCAAAAGUUCAAUGAGAACCCAGGCAUUCCCGUAUUCCUACUUACUACGGGCGCUGGCGGCACCGGACUUAAUCUGACGGCAGCCAACAAGAUCAUCCUGUUUGACCAGUCCGACAAUCCGCAGGAAGAUGUGCAGGCGUCAAACCGUGCGCACCGCAUCGGCCAGACACGUGACGUCGAGGUAAUCCGCCUCAUCACGGAGAACACAGUCGAGGGCCUGGUGUACAACUCGUGCGUGAAGAAGCUUAUGCUGGCGGCGUGUGUCGAGGGCCAGUACGGGGCGGGCAUGGACGAUGACGACAGCGAGGAGUCGAUUGAGGAGCAGUGCCGCAAGCUCAUGCUGCUUGAGAGCGCGGCCGAGGGCGAAGUCCGGUCGUCGCAGCUGUAGCAGGAGCUUCUCUUGCUCGUUGGACGUUGUGUGGUUCGUGGCGAGACGGCCUGGGUCUGUUUCUUGUCUUCAGUAUUCCUAAGUAUGUUUCUUGGGGCUGUUUUGUUUGUUAGCAUGGCGGCUGCGUCGAUUGGAUAUUCUUUUUCCCCCUCGUUUUAUUAUGGGCCACGCUCGGCCAGCGGCUGCGUUGCCAUCAGUUAUGUGGUUUUGGUCUAGAACUCGUGUCUUUGGGUUUUUCUGUUUAAUCCUUGGACUAGGCUGAGUCUUCUGGAUCACGGCACGGUCUUGUAUCUGAAACGAGGUUUAUCAUGGCGUGCUACGUAUGCUUGGACGGAUGGAGUCGACUGUAGGCGAUUGUUAUGAGCGAGCAGUCGUAGUAGACCAUAUGUUUAGACCGAGACGAAGCGCACGUCAUCCAACUCUGGAUGCCGAGUGUUGAGAAAGAGUACAAGAGAUAACCCCUUAUCUUCCUUUCAC